ACAAAGUAAAGGAAUCGGAUAGUCACCACACUGCGAUUUGUAAAAAGAACGUUCUCCCAAUGACGUCCACUACUGUCGGGAGCGGGGUCUGGAGGUUGCAUGCUGUCCUCGAUGAGUCUGAUCCUGACAGCUCGCCCGAAGCACCGCAGCAGUUUAAGAAGAUGCGCUCCUCCAGCUCACUGAAUUCACUCAGAAUGUCUCUGCGCAAACGACUCCCCUUGAAACCAGUACAGUCUAAUGUCAACAUCUCCGAGAAUCCCACCUGGGAGUCUCUUCAGAUGAACCAAAAGGACAGCGCUGUCCGCAAAAUGACCCGCAGUGCAAAAAACUCAAUUGGGAACGUCUAUCAGAGGUUUCAACGGAGCAGACAGUCACAUCAAGAGUGUCUGGUGAUGACACCUGGUAGAAUGUCUGAUGGGGAGUAUGAUUGCACUGGGACAUCACAGACUCCGAAGCGAUCAGCUGCCUGUACUAUGAACACCCCCAGGCGAACUCCAAGGUCAGCCAGCAAGCGAACUCCUCGGGGGACCCAUACGCCAAAGGCCGGUGUCUCUUCUGUUUGGACAGUGAAGACCAGGGGCACCAGGAGGCAGCUGGUACGCAUGGCAGCACUGAAAAGCCCUUUUGCCUCACCCAACACUAUGAACCGCAGGAGGCAGUUUGAUGAGGAUCUGGAUUGUGUGUCUAAAGGCCUCCGGAGGCUGAAGCGUCUCUCUCGAGCUUUUGAUGAUGCUAUUGGGAGAGAUGACCGGGUCCAGGCCAUGGAACACUACAAAACAGUUAUGACUAUGGGCUACAGCUCCACCAAGAGCAAUCUUUCCAGAGGACUGAACAGGGCUUCCAUCCGAAAUCAGACCCAACGCAUGCAGCAGGCAGUGAGCAGCUGGACUGAUGUAGCCCUGUCAAACAUCCGCAAAGCCUGUUAAAAAGGGACCAUUGUCAUGUUUUCUUUGUGCUUUCAAACAUAUAUUUUCUUCUAUUUGUUCAUGCCAGAAGAGGCCUUGUCCAGUAUUUUGAAGGGACACUUUAUCCUUGACUGUUAUGCCAUCUGUCUGUAUCUUUUAAGUGUUUAAAGUAACGGGCAACUAUUGUUUUAGCAAUAAACAUACUGUAUCAUUUAAUGGGAACAUUUGCAUUUACAGCUGCUUGUUUUCAGAAUUAUGUGCAUGAUUUUUAGUAAAUGCACAUUUGUGGGUCACUGCACUCUACAUACUAACACUGUUUAGUAAUUCUAAAUUUCUGCUGUGAAAAGCUCCAAAAAUGUCUCUUGUGAAAAGGAAAAAAUGUGAAUACAAAAUAAAAGCAUAUUCAAAAUAAAUUUAGCUAAUAAAGAGGUCAAGCUUUGGGAUUAGAAGAAAUGCUUAAUGUUACUCUUUAAAAACAGUAUUCAGGGAUUUUGUUUGGUGAACAGUAUUUCAGAAAUAAUGUUGAUAUGCCCUUUUUGUGAAAAUGUCACUACCUAACACUAAACUAACAUGGUGCGAUACUGUCUUGACUGGGAGAUGUUACUAAUGCUACUGUGUUUAUUAAUAGUUUUAACCUGUUUAGCUUUAUUUUAACUGUAUUUAGUUUAGUUCUUAACUGACUCAUUCUAAUACCGGAUGUUUGUGUUGUCCAGACUGAGUAACAAUGCUAACUAUGCAGUAAUUUCUCUAACUGACAUAUUAUAAAAUGCACCAUAAUCACAUACUGUACACACAUAGUGAUGAAUAAAUAUUGUAAAAUUACAAUAUUGCCAAAGAAUAAGACAAUUAAUUGUGCGAUUGAUUGUCUACUCAUCUGUUGAAAAAUACAUUUGAGUAAUAUUUUGCAUAUGAUUUUUUUUUUUUUUUUCAAAAAGACA